GGUAAGGCUCAAAGCCAGAUGCAACAACCAACCGCACCAGACUUAGUCCACACGAUGUUCACUAUCUUACCACUGGUGAGGAUGACAGAGGACAUGUGCUGCCACAAUGUUUCUUACAGCUUCUUCAUUAUACUCAUUGUUGUGUCCUUGUCUCAGGUCUUGUCUAAGUGUCCUCGAAAAAAUGUUGCUCCUACUGUGGUGUCGCCUCUUCUUACCCAAAAGGCUUUGACAUUGCUGAGCUCUUGUGUCACCGAUAAGGAAAGACGAUUCUGGCAAGAUCUGGGAGAUGCUUGGAAGCGGACAAGGUAGGAGGAAUAUGAUUUUUUAAAGCAAAUAGGGUUAUACACUAAAGUGAGAAUUGCAUGGAUUUAAAAGUGAAUCCCAAUUUAUGGUCAGAAUAGCUGAAAUGGAAAAAUUUUCCCAAUCAGCUAUGUUUUCUGUUCGGCUACUUUAUCUUUCAAUUUGAAAUUCACUUUGAAUUCCCAGGCAUUCUCAGUUUAGUGAAAAACCUGAUAGUAUUAUAACUAAAUAAGUGAAUGAUCUGUACCAUUUUUCCCGUCUCUUCCAUUUAGAGCUGACUGGCCAAAUUCAAAAAUGGUCCCUCAAUAUAUACCCACGUUUUCUGAUGGUUGGAUCCCCCCAGAAAUUCCUUCCCUUAGUGAACAGCCACAGGUAGGUAGCAUAGGACAAUUAAACACAAUGGGUAGACCGCUAGAUAGUAUAUCUCAGGUAAACUAACACUCAUAUAUGUCAAUGAGAGAACUUCUUUUCAGUUACCUGAUUUAGGUAAUAAAAUAAAGCAUGAUAUUUUUGACAAAAAAGGCAGAGGUACCACUGUCAAGCUUGCCAUUUCCCUGUCCGGUCACCAGUGACAGCAGAAGGGAAAUACUGUCUUGUGCAUGCUUAAGAGUACAGUACUAACAUUGGCUCCUGGCAGCUGGACCGCCAGAAGCUGAAGAAGAGCGUCAGGAAGAAGAUGGCGGCACUCAUGAGUGAUUUGCUCAGAUAAGUAAAUCUUAACUUUCCCUUCCCCCCAUAGACCCCGGAUCCCCACCAACUGUUGGGGGUCUUCGCAAAUUAUGACAAAGCUGCUUUAAACAUUGGUUUAGUAAAGAAAACAUUAAUGAGUGUAUGUAUACACAAUGGAAUGGUGAGUUGUUUUUCUACAUAUACAUGUGUGUAUGUGCAUUCCUUUUAGAUGGAGCACAUACCCUCAAAGUGCAAUGGAUGGGCUCUUUAAAUAUCUGUAUGAGAAACAGCAUACAUGCACUCAAUAAUUUAUAUAGUUUAACAUUCUAAUGACUCCAGGAUUGCUAUUGGUACAUAAUUAACAGAAGACAGUGUUUUGCUUCAUUCCCACACUGAACGGUUGUGAUUAAGUUUGGAUGUGGGAUAUGUUUAAAUGAAUAAGUUUAAUGUGAGAGGCGAAAUCAGUUUUAGGUUAUAUGACACUAAAGAAUAUACUUUGUUCUUUUUUUGCAUUUUUUUCAUCCUUUAUUUUUUUCAAAUACAAUGUUUUAUUGUGAAUGCAAGCUAGUAUGGGCAUGGCAUACGUGGAAGCAUAAACCAAAUAAAAACAAGUACAUUGUAACAACAGCGUAUAAAACUAAAUAAACAAAAAGGUAACUCAAACAUCAAGUCCUAGUAUUGUGCUAGUAAAGGGCGUUCUGUGUGGUCACUACUGUGUACUAGAAAAAAGAUGCAAAUCGCAUCUGAAGUAUUAGGUAUAGAGUAAGGUAGUAGAAAAACUAUUGGCUGUUGGGGAGCGAAAGAGGUUCCCUGAAUCGAAUGUUGGUGUUCAUUUGAUUUCAUUACAAAUUGUAAUUAAAAAAAUUGUGUGAAAUUCUAUAAAUUGGUCCUAUGUCAACACAUGCAUUUUUCUUAAUACCUUUUUAACUAAAUGCUAAUUAUAAAGUUCCAGUCUGUGUAUAUCAUAACAUUUUACCUGUUACUUCAGAUCCAAAGUGGCAUUCAGACUCCACCAAUCAACAGGUAAUUACAAAAAAACUUAAUUCCCCAUCUUCCCUCUUUGGGUUAUGAUGUGAACUCCUGUGUAUAUUAUUUUUAUACUAACAUUUGUGUUUUAUUUGCUUUUAAAAUUAAACUUUUUUAUUUAUUUAUUUAUUUUUAAAAUACUUAAUUUCCCUUAUGGUCUUUGGAGAUAUUACUUUCUCACAGUUCUUUACAUUUUUAUAAUACCUCAAUUUUUCCCUCAAUCCAGGUACAAUCAGUCACUCACAUUACAAGUUCUGUAUGAUUUUGAUGCCCGAAACAGCCGUGAGCUGUCCGUGCAGAAAGGAGAUAAUGUAAAG